AUGGCGAAGAAAGAGACCGUGGUCCGCCAGCAGUUUCGGCCUAGCAGGUGUUUCCUGCGUUUCCAGCUAGUCUUUGGUACGCCGCCGGCCGACCCACCCACGGCAGCAGUGUUUCAAGCAGCCGUGACCGAGGCACUGUCGACGUCCUUCGGCAACAUCGGCAGUGGGUUGCUACAGUGGUCACUCCUGUCGCUCAGCGAGGCCGGGCUCGGCAUCCUCCGCGUCCGCCCCGAGCAGAUGCCGCAGCUUCGCUUCGCGCUCACCAUGAUAACGCGCUGCGGCGGCAAGCGCUGUCGAGCUGAUGUGCUGGCGGUUGCACCUUCCCUCGCCGCACUGGCGUGUGCAAGAUGA